AUGAAGCUCUCCCUCUUCUUCCUCGCCGUCCUCCUGGCCUACGCCGCAGCCGAGUGCAGCGUCACCGUCAAGCAGACCCUGGGCAGCGCCUGGACCUCCAACGGCCAGGCCUACUCCCAGUGGAACGCCCAGCUGGUCGCCGGCUCCGAGGCCGUGACCUCCGUCACCCUCUCCAUCACCGGUGGCGACCUCGAGCAGCUGUGGGAGCUCGUCAAGGAGGCCGACGGCAGCUACCGCCUGCCCGAUUACCGCAUCCAGAACGGCGGCAUCGUAGCCGGCCAGGUCCACCAGUUCGGCUAUAUCAUCAAGACCUCGGCCCAGGCCACCAUCACCGUCACCGCCAAGUCCUGCGGCAGCUCCAGCCCGUCGGCCUCGCCCGCCGCCCCGUCGGCCUCCGCUUCGCCCGCUGCUCCGUCGGCUUCGGCCUCGCCCGCCGCCCCCGUCGCCCUCGUCCCGAGCCUCACCCCGCAGAGCUGCACCAUGAAGGUGACUCAGACCACCCGCACGACCACCGACGGCCACUGGACCUCGGGCGACUUCCAGUUCCAGAUCUACGACCUGGUCAUCACCAACAACGGCUCGUACCCGAUCACUCAGGGCGAGAUCAGCUUCCAGCUCGCUGGCGACGAUGAUCUCAUCUACCAGUUCUGGAACCUCCAGCGCGAGGCCGCCGAUAUCGACGUCUUCAUCAUCCCCACCGCCUACGGCCCGAUCCAGGUCGGCGCCUCGCAGGGUGCCGGCUACAUAGUGCGCUCGCCCCUCUCGGCCGGCCAGCAGACCGCCCCGGGCUUCAUCCCCGGCGUCGCCACCUGCAACUACGGCACCGCCCCGUCUGCCUCGCCCUCGCCGUCGGCCUCGCCUUCGCCCUCGUCGUCGUCCGGCCCGAUCGUGAGCACCCCGCAGCCGUCGCCCGCCCAGGGCUGCGCCGCCAAGGCCGCGCUGGUCGCUCGGUCGGAGGCCCAGGGUGGCAAGUGGGACGACGGUGCCUUCUCGUUCCAGAUCUACGACCUCACCAUCAACAACGCCGGCAGCAAGCCCAUCAACGGCGCGCAGCUCACCUUCACCCUGGCCUCGGGCACCAGCAUCAGCCAGUGGUGGGAGCUGAACCAGGUCUCGGCCGCCGUGUUCAACGUCGCCUUCAACUACGGCAACCUCCAGGUCGGCGCCAGCCAGGGUGCCGGCGUGGUCGAGCGCUAUGCCAAGGGCACCACCCCCGACGCCCCCACCGUCGCCCUUGGCUCCGUCACCUGCGCCUAA